AUGGCUCAGGUAUGUAGGCUGGGCCUGCUGCUGGCGCUGCUGCUGCCCGUGGUCGGUGCCUCCGUGCCGGGCACCGUGGUCAGACUCAACAGGGCCAUGCUGAGCUACGUGUCUGAGAUGGGGAAAGCCCCUCUCGAGUGGGCCCUGAAGGUCACUGUCCCACAUUUCCUGGACUGGAGUAGAGAGGAGCUUCAUCCUACCAGGAUCCAGAUUGUGAAUAUCCAUGUACCUCGCCUUCAACUGAACUUCAUUGAUGGUUUUGGGGUACGUUUGUUUGCAGCAGCCAAUUUUACUUUCAAAGUCUUUCGAGUCCCAGCACCCCUGGAGCUAAUCCUGCCGGUGAUACUGAUGGCUGAUGCCCGUGUGGCCCAGGGCUCCAUCGGGACCCCCGUGGUCAGCAUCUCCUCCUGCUUCUCAUUCUUCAACAAUGCCAUUGUGGUAGAUGGCAGUCACAGCACGGCCCCCGCGCUGCUGGUCCUGGUGCAGCAACACAUCAAAGCCGUGCUGCAGAACAAGCUGUGUGUGAGCGUCUCCAACCUCGUGCAGGGCCUCAAUGUCCACCUGGGAACUUUAAUUGGCCUCAAGCCUGUGGGUCCCGAGUCCCAGAUUCGCUACUUCAUGAUCAAUGCGCCCGCCAUCACUAAUGACUAUAUUUCCUUGGAUAUCAACGCUGUUCUCUUCCUUCUGGGCAAGCCCAUCGUCCUGCCCGUGAACGCCACCCCCUUUAUACUGCCAGAGCUUGUGGGCACCAAGGGUGCCAUGGCAACCGUAGGCCUCUCCCAGGACCUGUUUGACUCUGCCCUCCUGCUGCUGCAGAAGUCUGGUGCCCUAAACCUGGACAUCACAGGGCAGCUGAAGUCAGAUGACAACCGGCUGAACACCUCCGUGCUGGGCCAGAUCAUCCCUGAGGUGGCCCGCCAGUUCCCUGAGCCCAUGCCCGUGGUGCUCAAGGUGCGGCUGGGGGCCACGCCUACGGCCAUACUCCACACCGACAAAGCCACACUGCAGCUGCAGCCAUUUAUGGAGGUCCUGGCCGUGGCCUCCAACUCGGCUUUCAACUCCCUUUUCUCCCUCAAUGUGGUGAUGAACCUGAGCCUCCAGCUCUCUGUGUCGAAGGUGAAGCUUCAGGGGACCACGUCUGUGUUGGGGGAAGUCCAGCUCACUGUGGCCUCCUCCAAUGUGGGCUUCAUUAACGUGGAUCAAGUGCAGGCGGUCGUGGGUAACGUGUUUGAGGAGCCCCUGCUGGACCACCUCAAUGCUCUCUUGGACAUGGGGCUUGCCCUUCCCAACAUGGUCAACCUCUACUACGUCACCCCUGAGGUCUUUGUCCGCGAGGGCUAUGUGGUGAUAUCCAGUGGACUCGUCUACCAGCACUGA